UCUCUUAUAUAAAACGGAGGCACACCUUUCAAUGCAAGUGCAUUUGUGCAUACUACGGUCAAGAGUGAAGUCAUGUCGGGCAUAAUUAACCAAAGUUUUCGAUUUAAUUUACGCGUUUUAAAAGCAUUUUACUUAUAUCCAGAGCCAGAAGAAACAUUUUUACACAAAAUACGGACAUAUGUUUUGUAUGUUUUAUUCGUGGUCACAGUUCCUGUUAUUAGUAUCAUUCACUUACUAACUUCGGACGAUUUAAAUGUCGAAAGGGCCAACUACAACGCCGCCUUCUUGGCCCAAACGACAAGCUUCGUCACAAAAUUUUUACCAUUCGUGGUGAAUGGGCAAAAUAUUCGGAAGUGUAUAAACUAUUUCGAGAACUUUAAAGUGGAGAGAGAAAAUCAUCAAAUGAUUAUAAACGAGUGUAUCAGGAUUUGUCGAAGAAACACGUCUGCGUUUUAUAUUUGUGCGGUGGGAGCGGUGGGAAGCUGGGCCACUAAACCUCUUUUUUGGAAGGGCCGGAAUUUUCCAGUGGAUGUGUGGUGGCCCUUUGAUGCCACCACCGACUUUUCCACCUACUGUUGUGUGUAUUUAUUUGUAGCUGCAGGUCCAGUGUUUGCUUCUCUUGCAACCGGAGUGAUUGAUCCCUUAAUCGCUGGACUGUGCUACCAUGCAACCAGUCAAAUGAAAAUUUUGAAGGACAAUUUGCGACAUCUGAGUGACUAUGCAGAUGAAGAAAUCUCGAGAGAAAAAGUCGACAGGUCGCUGGUUAAAUCGAGCAAACAGAAAAUAAUUUCUACGAUGAUAAAAAAAUGCGUUGAUCACCAUGAAACCAUUUUGAAAUUUGUUAAAGAAUACGAAGUGUGUUUUUCGUGGGUUGUGUUCAGUCAAAUUGCUGGGAGCGUCUUCGUAGUCUGUUUUUGCUGUUUACAAAUGAGCAAAGUUGAUGCUUUCGGUUACUACGUCUUUCAGUUGGCGGUCUACUUUAGUGUCAUUUUGGUAGAAAUCUAUUUUUAUUGUUACUAUGGAUCAACAAUUUCUGAAGAGUGCGACUCAUUAACAGAUGCUAUAUAUAUGGCUGAAUGGUACAAUUAUGAUGUAAAAAUUCAAAAGGCUCUGUUAACUUUGAUGGAAAGCUCCAAAAAACCGGUUGUCGUAACGGCUGGAAAAACGGUUGAUUUGUCUUUAUUAACAUUUACCACAAUUUUGAGGCGAUCUUACUCUUUACUAGCAGUACUAAAAAAUUAUCAGUAGUGUUAUCAUUUUCCUGUAACGGUUUCCAAUACCGCCACUACCUUCUCUUUUUUUUGUUUUUUUUUUGUUAGUUUAAUAUUUACGUGAAUGUGAAUUAUCUUCACCUUAGUAGUUUUGUGUGACAUACUUCUGAGGCUUUACUUAAAAAAAUAUUUUUUUUGAAACUUUAUAAUUGAAAUUAUUUACACAAUUUUUAUUAUUUACAUUAUUUUUACAUACAUAU